CACUGCAACCUGGAGAUUGUCCACGUUUACAGCAUUCAGACACCACCGCUGCUCCACAUCUGCAACCCUCGGCCCUCUCUGCGUUAAAGCGCGCACAGGCCCUCAAAUUGAUCCAUUUUAUCCAAAUUUAUCCAUUAUCUUUAUUGUUUUGAAUCCUUCUAACUCAUUUGACCUAAAUCUGUAAAGAUGUUUGUGUGCUGCAUUGUCUUUUGCCUCCUGGCUACGUGGUUUUCUUCUGCUGUGGAGAGUAACCCCAGUCCUGUAGUAGGAGAUGUAGUCGUGGACAGACACUUCAUCCCAAAGGUCUGUGUAAGAGAAGCCAAAGAGGGAGAUUAUGUUCGCUAUCACUACAACGCCACAUUUGUCGACGGGAAAACAUUUGAUUCGAGCCAUACCAAAGGAGAUGCUAAAGUGGGCCUGCUGGGGGAGGGCCGGCUCAUUGCAGGGAUUGAUAAAGGUCUGCAGGGCAUGUGUGUGAAUGAGCGAAGAACAAUCACAGUCCCACCUAACCUGGCCUACGGAAGCACCGGUGCAGGCGACGUGAUUCCUCCAGACACCACCCUGGUGUUUGAGAUCCAUCUGUUGGAUCUGUGGAACAAAGCCGACCUGGUUGUCACCAAAACCAUCAGCACUCCCAAAGACUGCAAACGCUCCGUGAUGCGCACUGACUUUGUGCGUUACCAUUUCAACGGCACUCUGCUCGACGGCACCGUCUUCGACUCAAGCUACACCAAGAAGCACACCCUGGACUCCUUAGUGGGUGAGGGCUGGCUGGUUAAGGGCAUGGAUGAAGGUCUGCUGGGCAUGUGUGUGGGAGAGAUCAGAAAUAUCGUCAUCCCGCCCUUCAAAGCCUACGGAGAAAAAGGAUCAGGUACAGAUAUUCCCCCCCAGGCGACCCUGGUGUUCAAUGUCCUGUUGGUGGACAUUCACAACCCAAAGGAUAACCUCACCGUUGAGGACCAGGUGGUGCCCGAGUCGUGCUCACGCAAGUCUGUGGCUGGGGAUUAUGUCCGGUACCACUACAACGGUACCUUCCUGAACGGAGUCACCUUUGACACCAGCUACCAGAGGAACAGCACAUACAACACCUACAUCGGGAUGGGGUAUGUGAUUGCAGGCAUGGACCAGGCCCUGCUGGGAGUCUGUACUGGAGAGAAGAGGAGGGUCAUCAUCCCUCCACACCUGGCGUAUGGAGAGCAAGGAGCAGGUGGUGUUAUCCCCAGUUCUGCUGUUCUGGUGUUUGACAUUCACGUCGUCGACUUCCACAACCCCAACGACACGGUGAGCAUCCAGAUCACCCACCGACCCGAGGCGUGUAAGGAGAUCACCGCGGAGAACGACCUCGUCCGCUAUCACUACAACUGCACCCUGGUGGACGGCACGCCGCUCUUUUCCUCACACGACUAUGAGCACCUUCAGGAUGCAGUGCUGGGGUCGGACAAGGUGAUCGACGGGCUGGACGAAGGCCUGCGUGGCAUGUGUGUGGGAGAGAAGAGGGUAAUAACGGUUCCACCUCACCUUGGCCACGGAGAAAAAGGAGCCACUGGUGUGCCAAGCAGUGCUGUGUUGGUCUUUGACAUUGAACUGGUGAGCUUUGAGAAGGGAGUGCCACCUGGUUACCUGUUUGUGUGGCUGGAGGACAGCCCAGCAGAUCUUUUCAAAGCAUUGGACGUCAACAAGAACGAAGAGGUGCCCGAGGAGGAGUUUGGGGAGUUCAUCAAGCUGCAGGUGGCGGAGGGCAAAGGUCGCAUUAAGCCUGGAAUGCUCAUCGAGCAGGUAAUUACCGACAUGUUCAGCAACCAGGACCGAAAUAAAGAUGGAGUGAUCAAGGCCGACGAACUCAAACUGAAGGUAGACGAGGACAAGGAAAGGGAAGAGGGGAGGCACGAAGAGUUGUGAUGAGGUCAAAUACUUUUAUUCUCUCUCAGGGAUAAACCCCAGCACCUUAAAAACAAGCAACGAGAGACUAUUUCCAUACAUUAUCGUUAGGGUUGUAAUGGUAUCAGACUUUUACGGUAUGAUAACCGCCUCAGAAAAUAUCAGUUUCACGGUAUAUGGUAUUACACUAUUAUUGUUAUUAUUAUUAGUGUGUUACAAUGGCCCUUAAAAGGAUUGAGAACAGAAUUAUAAUAAACAGUACACACCCACUUAAGUCAGUUUUUUUCAAUGCCGUAGACAAGCAAAUGUACUCGUUAUGAUAACCGUCAACUUUCAAAGUAUACCAUUACAACCCUAAUCAUCAUGGUUUAAUAUGUUCUGUACCACAUUGGACAAUCUUUUUGAAAUGACAAGAAUAUAGUGCAAAGGGUGUUUUUUGUGGAGUUCUGUGUUGUAUGAUUGUUUGUAUUUGAUAGUUGUAUUUCAGAAAACCAAACAAGCGCCUUCUUUUGUCUUUGAAAGUCACAUUAAUUAAAAGGUUUUUAAGAAAAA